AUGUCUAACAAACAACCGACUUUUCAAAUCCUCUAUUUCGCCAGUGCCGCCUCCUUUACUCGCAAAGCCUCGGAGUCACUUCCUGCUCCUUUACCUGUGCACAAACUCUUCGAUGUUCUAGAAGAAAGAUACCCCGGCAUGAAGGACAAAGUGCUCGUGAGCUGUGCAGUUAGUGUGGAACUGGACUAUGUGCAGCUGGAGGACGAUGGUACCGAUGGCAGGGUGAUCCAAGCUGGCGAAGAGGUCGCUAUUAUACCACCAGUCAGCUCCGGUUAA